AUGGUCGCUGUGUCUUCAAAUAAAGUGUUCUUUACUCAUUGCGCACUGCGGCUUAAAAGGUCAGGCACCAUAGUCCCGAGGAUGGAAUUGGUUGAAGUUGGCCCUUCCAUGGAUUUGGUAGUUCGACGACAUCGUCUUCCCGAUGAAAGUCUAAAGAAAGAAUCUAUGAGAACAGCUCCUGAACUAGCAAAGAAGAAGGUUUGA